AUGGAUUUGUAUCGUGAUAGUGACGAUCUUAAGGUUAAAAGUGAGGCUAAAUCUUUAGUUGAAAAUGAGUUGGAAAAAUUUGAAUUUUUAUUAGCGAUGGUUAUUUGGUAUGAUGUUUUAUAUGCUGUUAAUUUAGUUAGUAAAAAUUUACAAUCAAAAGACAUGUGUAUUGACGUUGCUAUAAAACAACUAGAUGGACUUAUCUAUUAUUUUAAAAAGUUUAGGGAUGAAGGAUUUGAAAAAGCUAUGAGUACGGCUAAGGAACUUGAUUUAAAGAUGGGCAUUGAACCUAGUUUUCGUGAAAAACGUAUUAUUCAAAGAAAUAGAAGAUUUGAUGAAAAUGCUGAUAAUGAAACUUUGAAAACUCCUAUAGACUCUUUUAGAACGGAUUACUUUUUAUACAUAGUAGAUCAAGCUUGUGUUUCGCUCGAAAGUAGAUUUGAGCAAUUCAAAGAGUUUGAUAAUAUUUUUGGCUUUUUGUUUAGUAUAAAAAAGUUAAAAUCCUAUAAUGAAGAAACUUUAGAAAAAAAGUGCAUUGAUCUUGAAAAGUUUUGGAAACAUGAUAAUCAUGUUGAUGUUAAUGGUUUAGAUUUAUUUGAAGAACUAAAAAUGCUAAGAGAUAUAAUACAUGUAGAGUCUGACACACUUAUUAAUAUAUUAACUUAUAUUAAAAACUCUAAUUCUUUUCCAAAUGCAUAUAUUGCUUAUAGAAUUAUGUUAACCAUUCCUGUAACCGUUGCUUCAGCAGAACGUAGUUUUUCCAAAUUAAAACUAAUAAAAAAUUAUUUAAGAUCUACAAUGUCACAAGAAAGAUUAAACGGUUUAGCUAUUAUGUCAAUUGAAAGAGAUUUUUUAGAAGAACUUGAUUACGAUUCUUUCAUCAAACAAUUUGCCUCGGUUAAAGCUAGAAAAAUCAAUUUUAUUUAA